AUGCAAUAGAAUCCUUUAUAGUUAUUUUUAAGUAUUCUGGCGGCUAGAGAGGAAGUGAUAUUUAUGAUUAGAAUAAUUGGACACUAGAUGCAGGAAGAUUGCAAAAAUAAAUUAGGAACGUUGAAGGAAUUAUCAGAAGAAAUUUAUAGAGGAGAAUAGAAAAGAGAAAACCUUGAAAAUUAUCUAUAUUAACAUCUAAAUGAAGGUUUUCGCAAGCUAUUUCUUCCAAAAAUAAUAUAAAAAUACAUAAAGAUAACACAAUACUAUUUAGUAAAGACACAAGUAUUAAUUACAAAUAAAUUUUAGAUAUACUUUCCUAAAUAAGGAUAAUAAUUGUGUUAGGAUAUUGUAAAUUAGCCUAAUAUUAGAACAACAAUGUAAUAAGUAAUCCAUGAGCCUUUAGUGGGAGUUUUGAAAUUUAUAAUCAAUUUCCAGCGAUAAAAAUUAAAACACGAGCUUUCACAUUUGCUAAAUUAUGAAUAGUAUAAAGCAAUCUAAAAUCAAGAGAAGACCGAUGUAAUAGAAAUGAGAAGUUCUACAGUGAACCAUUAAUACUUGGAGUUUAUGGUCUUAGAUAUUUAAAUGAUCUACAUAAGAAGUAUUGCUAUACAGUCAGUAGACAUAGUAAUAGAAAUGUUUAUGAUGUGUUAUUUGUAGAUGAUAAUACUAGAACUUUAUAUUUGUCUGGAGGAGGUAAAUGUAAUUUAUAUCUACAAAUAGGAUUUAUAAGUUUAGUAAGUAGUAUUACAAAAUUAAAAGAUAAAUCAAUUGAUAAUACUUAAUCAGUUUACAUUCCAGUAGAAAGUACUGUAGAAAUUAUAACUUAAAGAUAUGAAAAAUUGAUUAAAGAACUUAUGGAUUAAAAUUUUCAUGUAUAGAAGUCAGUAAAUAGAUAUUAUGAAUAACACAAAAAAUUUAAGAUGAAACCUUUGCCAAUUAAAGUAUACUCUACACCAAAAUCAAAAAUGUAAGAGAUAAAAUCUUAGCGAAAUAAUUAACAGAGAACUUUUGAGUCUGGUCCUAUACUAAGUGAUAUGGGUAGAUAUUCAGAACCAAUUAAUAGAAAUCCCUUGUUAUCAGAUUCUAUAAACUCAGAUAAAUUAAAAUAUUAAAAAUGCAGAACAUAAAAAUAAAGUGAUCUUAUCUUGAGUGGUUUUGUUUCUCCAAAAUAGACAAUUGUUAGAAAGAAAAGAAAUGUUAAAAAUUAUGAGGCUGCAUUAUUAAAGUCAUCACCUCUCCAGCCUUUUUCUGAUUUCCCACUUAGAAUCAGUUCAAGUAAGAAAAAAAAAUAAAAUUGA